AGACCGCCUGUCUAUCAGGCUGGCCUCAGCAGGUUGGGUUGUCUUGGGCUGUUUGACUGAUAGGUUGGGGCUCGAAUGCUUUUGGAACUUUUCUUCUGCAGAACGAGCGUUGUUGUGUUUGCCGAGCAGUCGAUAAACCCAAGCUACGCUGGAUGGAUUGGUAUGGGGACAGGAAGCCGCUAUCCUUUGGCUAAAAGGCUGUGUUCGGUUGCUGUUACAAUGUUCGUUUUCUCCCUGUGUCUGAAUUCAGUGCAUUGCCAGCAGUGUAGGAUUCAGAGGUGUAACGCCGAUUUUGUAGCUGCUACUUCUCCGGGGAUUGGAUUACAAGAGGAAGGCGAGGGAGCUGGAAGCACUGCUGGAGGAAACAGCGGCGAUUUCUGUAUCGCUCUCCGAGCUUACUCCCAAUGUACCAGGAAGACGGCUAAGUACUGCCGGGGAGACCUGGUCUACCACUCGGCUGUGCUGGGCAUCAGCGACCUGAUGUUGCAGCACAACUGCUCCAAGACGGGACCCACGGCCCCGGUAAGGCCGGCGGCUACAGAGAGGAGCCGUGUCCCGGAACUCUGCCGCUACCGGAGCAAAGGCAGCGCGCUGAGGGGCGCCGGCCCGCAGCCCCUCUCCUUCGCUCACUGCGGCUUGUUCGGGGACCCCCACCUCAGAACGUUUCGGAACGAGUUUCAGACCUGCAAGGUAGAGGGAGCUUGGCCCCUGAUCGACAACGUCUACCUGUCUGUACAGGUCACCAAUGUACCGGUGGUAGAGGGCUCCAGCGCCACAGCCACUAGCAAGAUUACAAUCAUAUUCAAGAGCUUUCAGGGCUGCACAGAGCAGAAGGUUUAUCAAGCAACCACAGAUGACCUUCCGUCAGCGUUUGUGGAUGGUACGACAGGUGGUAGCGAGAAGGAAGGUGAGAACAGCCUGAGAAUACUUGAGAAGGUGGGCAGUGCCCAGGUGGAAAUCCAAGCCCACUAUAUUGGCACCACCAUCAUUGUGCGCCAGGUGGGUGACUACCUGACCUUUGCCAUCAGGGUCCCCGAAGAGACUUUGAACUACGCGGAUGAGAACGUGUGCCUGCAGCUCUGCCUGCAUGGCUGCCCCCGUAACGAGCUUAUCAAGGAGCACACGCUACCCAGGAGGCCGUCCGGUGCCAGGCUGCAGCGCCCCCGCCAGGCAUACACGGUGGAAAGCGCAACAGCCAAGUGCCGGGAGAUCCUCCAGGUGGAGGACGUGUACUUCCAGUCCUGUGUCUUCGACCUCCUGACGACAGGGGACCCGGCGUUCUCCAUGGCUGCCCAUGGGGCCUUGGAGGACCUGAAAGCACUGCACCUCAAUGUUCUCAAAUUGCACAGUUCACCCAGGACUGAGGAGGGUCGGAAUGGAGCUCCAUCCUGUCACCAGACAGCCCUCACUUACCUGGCAUGUCUUGUCUUAGCAAUAACCCUCAUGUAGUGAAUGUGUAUACCCACAGAAUGCAAAUUGUCUAUAUAAUAAUAUAUUGAAGUGUACAUAUGUGAAAAUGAUGUGUAAAGUGCCUGUACAUAUAGUUGUAUCGUAUGAAUUGUAUGUUGAGAACCUUUGUUAGUAACUAGAGUUUUUUUUUGCAUACUCGUGGUUUUAAGAAUGCUUUUUUUUUCCGGGAAUGAUAUCAGAUGGGCAUCUAAUCUUUGCCUAUUAAAAAUUAUUGUGCUAAAGUGCUUUA